AUGCUAGGUCAUCCUCCGGAAACGACGCGCAGAUCGAUCGCCGAGGAAGCGCUGGAGAUUGUGGAUCUAAUGGAGCACAGAAACAUCAAUAUAAUGUGUGUUCAAGAAACUAUAUGGAAAGGGGAAGAGGAAAGCGAAAUUGGGAAUGGGUACAGAUUAUUUUACUAUGGUACAGAGGCAAAACUUAAUGGUGUAGGAGUUGUACUCGACCCUACAGAUAAGGAGAAUGGAAUACCAGGAACUGAGAGGAUCUGGAUAGGUGGGGAUCUCAAUGGACAUGUAGGAAUGGGAAACGAAGACCAAGUAAAAAUUGACAUAGACUGCAAAACACUGCCAAGGGAGAGUGUGACAAAACAACACCGCCCAGUGGUAUGCAAAGUGAAGGUGAACAGUGACCUAAAGGGAGACAAGAACUGGAACACAGCACAGAAACGGGUGGCAGAAAAAGUAAAAGGCAGGAUUCACACUGUGAUAGUGAGACCAACAACGCUGUAUGGGCUGGAAGCAACAUCAUUGAUAAAAGCACAGGAGGUGGCAGAGAUGAAAAUGCAGAGUUGGGGUCUGGGUCUAAAAAGAAAGGAUACGCUCAGGAAUGAAGUGGUGCUGAAAAGAGUGGGAGUGAAAGGAUUACACGACCAACUUAAAGAAAGCAGACUGCGGUGGGGGGGACGUGUGCUGCGAAGGGACAUGGUCAUGUUGGAAGAGGAGUGGAAAGGACGAAGGUGGGGAAAGAGAAGAGAAGAAUGUCACACUGUUACAGAGAAGAUAUGA